AUGGACAAGUACACUGGCACUAUUCCUCGUAGGAGCUCUCGAGAGAAUAAAGGAAAGAAGCCAGUCCGGCUGGGAUUUGAGAGCACGAAUAAGUCAAAGAAGUCUGCGGAAGAGACACUGAUCGAUGUCCAAAUUGAGAAAGCAGAGCUGGAAUUGAGUUUGCUCAAGAUCAAGGCAAAGGAAGCGCAAUUGCUGCGGGAGUCUGGACAAUCUCCGAUCGCUGAGGAGAAAGACACUGUGGUACAGCAAUAUCUCCAAAAACCUGUUCAGCAGCCUGGGAAUGUUCACCAGGAAGUUGAGGAUGACAAGGUGGAUGAUGAGAGGGGUGCUUCCGGAGGAAUUGACACGAGAUUUCUCAAGGAUGAAGUUGGUUCUGUUUCAACGGAUUACACCAGGUUCAGAGGUGGUCUCAAGUGGCUGUAUCGUGACUUUAAGGAGUCUGAUACUGAGAGAGAAUCCGAGGACAGUGACUCUAUCAGUGGUAGCAGCGGAAGGUCUGAUAUUGCUGCUGCUAUUCGUGCCCAGUCGGAGAAAAUGAACAAAUUUAUGUCAAGACAAACUCUUGGAAAGGAUUAUUUUCACUUCGACGGAAAUUUCCAAGAGUAUCCAAUGUUUAUGGCAUGGUUUAGCAGCACCACGGCAUCUUGCAAGUUUACUGACCAGGAAAAUCUCUUGCGACUGCAGAAGUGUUUGAAAGGUGAGGCCAGAAAUGCUGUUCGUUUCAUGCUAUACUCACCAGAAUGCAUUAAUGAGAUUCUCCGGACUUUGGAGAAGAAAUUUGGGCGUCCGGAAUUCCUGGUAAAAGCCAUGAUUGCUGAGGUUAGGGAGAUUCCCGCUGUUAGAGAGGAAAAGCCUGAAACUGUCAUAAAUAUGGCAACAACUGUUCUGAAUCUCGUUGCGUCUCUCAAGAUGAGUAAUCGCAGAAACUACAUCGACAAUCCUCAGCUGCUCGAGGAACUUCUGAGCAAGUUGCCUCUUUCUCUGCGAGUGCAAUGGUCAGAAUAUGCAUCCAAGAAGUCUCACUGCACCUUGGAGACGUUUUCCAAGUGGAUGGACAGGAGGGCGGAGGCUGCUAGUGAGAGGGUUCAAUUCUAUCCAGUGAAAGAGGCGAAAAAUGGCAAAGAUGCGAAGAAAGACAAGAAGCAGAAAUUUGUCGCAGCAACAAGUGAGGUUAAGAACGAUGCAAUAGGCUCAAUAGGCUGUGUUUGUGUUUGUUGUGGUGGCUGUCAUGAUUUGACCAGCUGUGGGGAUUUCAAAAAUUUAACAGUUGACGAUCGCUGGAAGCUUGUGACCGAGAAAAGGAUGUGUUUUUCGUGUCUCAAGGAUGGUCACAUGAGUCCUGAAUGCAAGAAGAAGAAGAAAUGUUCUGUAAAUGAUUGUAGCCGUCGCCACAAUGAUAUUCUUCAUCGAAACAGCGAUAGAGGAAAUGUUUUGCCCCAGGCCACACAAAAUUCACGUCAAAACACUGAGAGAAAUUCUGAGGAAAAUUGCUCAUCAUCAGAGACAAAUCAAGUGAGUACUGUGGCUCACACUACAGCUUCUUCAGGAAAAACAUUGAUGAAAAUCCUGCCGGUGAUGUUGAGUGGACCCAAGGGAACUUGCAAGGUUUAUGCAUUCUUGGACGAGGGGUCUACAAUCACAAUGUUGAAGACGAGUGUGGCCGACAGUCUUGGUCUUGAGGGUCCUACAAUGUCUCUGAGAUGGACCGGAACAACUCCCGAGAUGACGACUUCAUGUGAAGCUCGUGUUGUGGAUUUGAAAAUCAAAGGGACGUUUUCUGGGGCCAAGGAAUAUACGCUUCGCCGAGUGCGCACUGUUGAUCAAUUGUCAUUGCCCAAGCAAUCUGUGGAUGUACAGACUUUGGUGAGGGAUUGGAGAUAUCUUUCUCAGGGAGAAGUUGAGUCAUUUGAUGAUGUGGUGCCGCAACUUCUUAUUGGGCUUGAUAAUAUCGCGCUGAUAACAUCUCGUGAAGUGAUUCAUGGUGCUUGGAAUGCACCUUAUCUUGCCAGGACAUGGCUAGGAUGGGUUAUCCUAGGGAAUUUGUCUUCACCUGUGGACAGAAAUGGUGAAGUGAAUUGUGCAAUGAUUGAGACUGUUGAUGAAUUGCAUGAUUUGGUGAAAUCCUCCUUUACCACGGAAGGAUUUGGGACAGUGCCACGACAGGAAAAAUCUCGAUCUCGCGAGGACAGGAAAGCGAUAGAGAUUAUGGAAAAUACCACCAGGAAAACUUCAGAUGGACGCUACGAGACUGGACUUUUGUGGCGUCAGGGAAAACCACCUGCGGUUCCAGAAUCCCGAACAGCUGCUCUGAGGCGACUUUAUAGCACUGAAAGAAAACUUGACCGUGACUCAGAAUUGGCACAGGCAUAUUGUGCGAAAAUUGAGGAGCAUCUAGAGAAGGGAUAUUUGGUGGAAUUGGACGAAAACGACAAAAAAGUUCCCUCUGAAAAUGUGUGGUAUCUUCCACAUUUCUCUGUGGUACACCCUGCGAAGAAAAAAGUCCGUGUUGUUUUUGAUUGUGCCGCGAAAACAAACGGAGUGUGUUUCAACGAUUUCUUGUUGAAAGGACCUGACAUGCUGCAGCCUCUCCCUGGAAUUCUGGAGAAUUUUCGACGAGCUAAGUAUGGGUAUAUGGGAGACAUUAGGGAAAUGUUUCACCGUGUGAAAAUUCGAGAAGCUGAUCAGAAUUACCAGAGGAUUUUAUGGAGAGGAAUGAACCGUGAGUGUGAUCCGAAGGAGUAUAAGCUCACGGUGAUGACUUUUGGAGCUUCAUGCUCGCCAACUUUGGCAGCAUACGUGAAGGAUGAGAAUGCCAAGAGUCACAUGGAGGAAUAUCCAGAGUCAGUGAAUGAAAUUUUGAGGUACACCUAUUGUGACGAUUUCAUAAGCUGUUCAGAUUCAGUGGAAGAAUCCCAAAGGCGUGUUGAUGAAGUGAUAAAAAUUAGCCAGGGUGCGGGAUUUGAAGUUGUGAAUUGGACAGCCAGUGAUUCAGCCAUUCUCAGUUCCCUUGGUGCUGAUUUUCUGACGAAGAACUUCAAUGAUGCUGAUCAUAUGGAGCGUGUCUUGGGUUUGUGGUGGGAUUCCACAAAGGAUGUCUUCACAUUCAAAGUGAAUUUUCACAAAGUGACCAGUGAGAUUCUUUCUGGAGAAAAGGUUCCGACAGAGAGAGAAGUUCUGCGCUUGGUGAUGUCUCUCUUUGAUCCACUUGGAUUUCUGGGAUUGUUCACAGUGAAGGGAAAAAUCCUCCUGCAAGACAUAUGGCGUCGUGAAAUCGAUUGGGACGAUGAGAUUGGCGGAGAGCUGAUGACAGUUUGGAAACAGUUCUUAUUAGAACUACGGGAUAUCGAGAAUGUGAGUAUACCUCGAUGCUUUUUUACAAAUUUGCCGUGCGAUUCUUCCAUAGAAUUACAUGUGUUUGGAGACGCCAGCCUUUCCGCUUUCGCUUCUGUGGCGUAUUUGAGGAUCGAAAACAGGGGGGAAGUGGAAAUAGCACUUUUGUGUUCACGCACCCGCGUGGCACCUUUGAAGGCGAUAACCAUCCCACGGCUUGAGUUGCAAGCGGCAGUUCUGUCCAGCCGCUUGGGAAAUUCCAUGAUGACUACAAUUGACAUGAAAAUUGACCGAGUCUACUAUUGGACAGACUCGAUGACUGUCCUCAAAUGGCUUCGAAGUGGGUCCAGGCGAUUUAAAGAAUUCGUGGCAAAUCGUCUGGGGGAAAUUGAGGACUUGACCGAUCUGGAUUCGUGGCACUGGGUGCCCACGAAGGACAACGUUGCUGAUUUAGCAACAAGACACAAACCGUGUAACUUCUCUUCCGAGUCUGUUUGGUUCACUGGACCGAAGUUCCUGAAGCGUCCAAGGUCUGAUUGGCCACAAGAAGUUCACGAUGAUCACCCGAUUGAUGACAGCGAAAUUAUACAACAUGUUCAUGUUCAGUAUGAACACAAUGAGUUGGUUCCAAAUGCUGAAAGAUUCUCUUCGUGGAAUCGCCUUUUGCGUACAACUGCUCGUGUACGUCAAAUUGCUUUAUUUUGGAAAGAUCUGUCGCUGAAAAAGACAAAGAGGCCAUUGCCUUCAUUGACUGUGUCAGAUUUGGAAAGAGCUCAAGUGAUGUUGUGGAAAGAGAUGCAGACAAAGUACACAUGUGAAAGGAAUUUAUUGACUUCCGGGAAGACAAUCGACAAGAAAAGCUCUCUUUACAAAUUGUCUCCAUUUGUUGAUGAGAAUGGAGUUUUGAGGAUGAAGAGUCGUUUAGUGAAUAGCCCAGAUGUCAACGAGAAGUUCCCAGUCAUUUUGGAUGAGAAGCAUCCUGCAACCAGACUUCUUAUCCUGGAUGUUCAUGUGAGAAACUUUCACCAAGGACGAGAGCAGAUAGUGAAUGAUCUGCGACAGAAGUUUUGGAUCCCGAAAAUUCGUAUGGCAGUCAAAAGGUCAUGGAGAGACUGCCAACCCUGCAAGAACUUUGCUGUAAGACCAAUGCCCCCUGAAAUGGCUGCACUACCCGUGGCUCGUGUAGAGCAACAGAUGUUCCCGUGUGCUCGAAGCGGAGUGGAUUUCUUCGGGCCCAUUAUGGUCACUGUUGGACGUCGUCAAGAAAAACGCUGGGGCGUUUUGUUCACAUGCAUGACAACUCGGGCUAUCCACCUGGAGAUCGCACACUCACUGGACACUGAUAGUGCGAUCAUGGCGAUUAGAAGAUUUAUCUCAAGACGGGGCCCCAUUAAAGAAUUGUAUUCUGACAAUGGGACGAACUUCCAUGGCGCGGACAAGGAGAUGAGGGCAGCUCUGGCACAACUGGACCAAGAGAAGAUUCGAAAUGUGCUUUCCUGCAAGCUGAUUGACUGGAUUUUCAAUCCACCAAGCGCUCCGCACAUGGGGGGAAGUUGGGAGAGAUUGAUAAGGACGGUGAAAACAGCCCUGAAGACGACUUUGGCUUUUCACGCUCCCAGUGAUGAAGUGCUUCAAACACUGUUUGCUGAAGCUGAAUUUGUGGUGAAUAACCGGCCUCUGACUCACGUCUCUGUUGACUACGAUGACGAAACAGCCUUGACUCCCAAUCAUUUUUUGAUUGGAAGAACUGCAGAAAAUCGUCCAGGAACCUUUGACGAUCAUGAUAUGUGUUUGAGGAGAUCUUGGAGAAAAUCUCAACGUAUGGCUGAUAUUUUCUGGAGACGUUGGGUUCAUGAAUAUCUACCGGAGCUGGCGAGACGAACGAAGUGGCACACUUCCGUUCCUGCGAUUCAACCAGGCAGCAUUGUGGUGAUCGCUGAUGAGAAACUUCCCCGAAACGAAUGGCCUAUGGGGGUCGUGGAACAAGUGCAUCCCGGACAGGACGGAAAGAUACGUGUAGUAUCAGUGAAGACACCAAAAGGGGUAUACAAACGGCCCGUGAGUAGGAUUUGCGUGAUGGAUGUUGGUGCGACCGCACCAAGGGGGGAAGGUGUUGCAAAUUAA